AUGCCGGUUCAGCAACCGGCUCAGUGGGUGAUUCACGAGCAACCUGAAACUGAUUUUGACGGCCGGCAGGUGGUGCUCGUCGCUCAGCCGGCAAACGACGAUUCCUCGUCGGAUGAUGACGACAAUGUCGCGGAACGGGCGAUGCGAGCCGUAGGGCGGACCGCGCCGCCGACGUGUGUGCCGCAAGUCCUGUUCUCUGGUAGUGAUUCGCGCCGCGGCGCGGACGAGAUAAACGCUCAUCGACAUAGCCCCUCCUCCGCGAUCAUGCCGUUAGCUAUGACGUCAAAGGAGGUGCAACGCCAGUGGCAGGAGCUGUCAGCUCGAGUGGGGAUUCGGCGUUCCACCAGGCGGAAGUCGAAGCCCGCGCGUUCCGCGGAUGGGCAGCGUGCGGGGAGGAGCGGCGGAGGGGGCGGGGGGGCGUCGGUGAGCGAGGAGGUGUUCUCCCUGGGGAAGGGGUGGCUUGUCGACCCCGCCGCGCUCAUGGGCGGAGAGACGGGGGACGCGGAAGGGCGCGGGGGGGCGGAAAGGGGCAGGGGUGCAGACGGCGGAAGGGCGGUGAGCGCGGGGGGUGGGGGGAGUGAGGCGGUGGCAAUUGCAGGGCUGGAGCCUGGGAAGACGCGCAGCACACACAAGCUGCUCAAGCUUUCCUUCUCCUCCACCCGCCUCUCCCCAUCCCCCUCCUUCAUCCCCUCCCCUUCCCCGCCAUUCCUUCCCUCUCCCCCCUCCCCCCUGUCCCCUGCAGAACGUCUGAUGGGCCAACCGGGGGAGGCGUCUUCUGCACCCGCCCGACCGCAACAUGCGCCCAAUGAUAGAGGCCGCACCAACAGGGGGCGGCGUCUUCUGUCCCCUGCCGACCGCAACGUGCGCCCCAUGGUGGAGAUGGUGCGGUCGAUCGUAUCAGGCACCAACAGGGGGAGGCGGCUUCUCUCCCCCGCCGACCGCAACGUGCGGCCCAUGAUGGAGAUGGUGCGGGCGGCGGUGUUCGACAUGUUGCACGCGCUGCUAGACGCGCCACACCACCUGCCGACUGGCUCGCGCUGGCUGGAUCUAUACAGCGGCACGGGGAGCGUGGGGCUGGAAGCAAUGAGCCGAGGGUGCGGACAGGUGAGGAGAGUGGGGGCAUGCGGAGCAUGCGGGGCAUGGGAGGCAUGGGGGGCAUGCGGGGCAUGGGGGGCAUGGGGGGCAUGCGGGGCAUGGGGGGCAUGGGGGGCAUGCGGGGCAUGGGAGGUACCUGCCAGGCAGGCAGCCGGCUCGCGCUUGCUGGACCUGCACAGCGGCACGGGGAGCGUUGGAUUGGAAGCAAUGAGCAGAGGAUGCGGACAGGGGUGCAUGGGAUCAUGGGGGCAUGGCCCAUGGGGGCAUGGCGUAUGGGGGCAUGGCGUAUGGGGGCAUGGCGUAUGGGGGCAUGGCGUAUGGGGGCAUGGCCCAUGGGGGCAUGGCCCAUGGGGGCAUGGCGUAUGGGGGCAUGGCGUAUGGGGGCAUGGCGUAUGGGGGCAUGGCCCAUGGGGGCAUGGCCCAUGGGGGCAUGGCGUAUGGGGGCAUGGCGUAUGGGGGCAUGGCGUAUGGGGGCAUGGCCUAUGGGGGCAUGGCCUAUGGGGGCAUGGCCCAUGGGGGCAUGGCCCAUGGGGCCAUGGCCUAUGGGGGCAUGGCGUAUGGGGGCAUGGCGUAUGGGGGCAUGGCGUAUGGGGGCAUGGCGUAUGGGGGCAUGGCGUAUGGGGGCAUGGCGUAUGGGGGCAUGGCCGUAUGGGGGCAUGGCGUAUGGGGGCAUGGCGUAUGGGGGCAUGGCGUAUGGGGGCAUGGCGUAUGGGGGCAUGGCGUAUGGGGGCAUGGCGUAUGGCCCAUGGGGGCAUGGCGUAUGGGGGCAUGGCGUAUGGGGGCAUGGCGUAUGGGGGCAUGGCGUAUGGGGGCAUGGCCCAUGGGGGCAUGGCCCAUGGGGGCAUGGCGUAUGGGGGCAUGGCGUAUGGGGGCAUGGCGUAUGGGGGCAUGGCCCAUGGGGGCAUGGCCCAUCGGGGCAUGGCGUAUGGGGGCAUGGCGUAUGGGGGCAUGGCGUAUGGGGGCAUGGCCUAUGGGGGCAUGGCCUAUGGGGGCAUGGCCCAUGGGGGCAUGGCCCAUGGGACCAUGGCCUAUGGGGGCAUGGCGUAUGGGGGCAUGGCGUAUGGGGGCAUGGCGUAUGGGGGCAUGGCGUAUGGGGGCAUGGCGUAUGGGGGCAUGGCGUAUGGGGGCAUGGCGUAUGGGGGCAUGGCGUAUGGGGGCAUGGCCCAUGGGGGCAUGGCGUAUGGGGGCAUGGCCCAUGGGGGCAUGGCGUAUGGGGGCAUGGCGUAUGGGGGCAUGGCGUAUGGGGGCAUGGCGUAUGGGGGCAUGGCCCAUGGGGGCAUGGCGUAUGGGGGCAUGGCGUAUGGGGGCAUGGCGUAUGGGGGCAUGGCGUAUGGGGGCAUGGCCCAUGGGGGCAUGGCGUAUGGGGGCAUGGCGUAUGGGGGCAUGGCGUAUGGGGGCAUGGCGUAUGGGGGCAUGGCGUAUGGGGGCAUGGCGUAUGGGGGCAUGGCCCAUGGGGGCAUGGCGUAUGGGGGCAUGGCGUAUGGGGGCAUGGCGUAUGGGGGCAUGGCGUAUGGGGGCAUGGCCCAUGGGGGCAUGGCGUAUGGGGGCAUGGCCCAUGGGGGCAUGGCCCAUGGGGGCAUGGCCCAUGGGGGCAUGGCCUAUGGGGGCAUGGCCCAUGGGGGCAUGGCCCAUGGGGGCAUGGCCUAUGGGGGCAUGGCCCAUGGGGGCAUGGCGUAUGGGGGCAUGGCGUAUGGCUAUGAUGCGAAAGACGCUCAGAGGACGCUGCGUCCUGCGUCUGGACGCAGCGGGUACAUGUUGGAGGAGGAUGGGGAGAGGGAGGUGGACGAGGACGACAUGAUGGUCGAUGAGUACAAGGGCCAGGAUGAGAAGGAUAGCGAGGAGGACGGGGAUGAUUUUUUUGCCUGCCCGGGGGUUUUUUUUGCCUGCCCGGGACUGCGUCUUUUGGCGUAUGGGGGCAUGGCGUAUGGGGGCAUGGCGUAUGGGGGCAUGGCGUAUGGGGGCAUGGCCCAUGGGGGCGUGGCCCAUGGGGGCAUGGCGUAUGGGGGCAUGGCGUAUGGGGGCAUGGCGUAUGGGGGCAUGGCGUAUGGGGGCAUGGCGUAUGGGGGCAUGGCGUAUGGGGGCAUGGCCCAUGGGGGCAUGGCGUAUGGGGGCAUGGCGUAUGGGGGCAUGGCGUAUGGGGGCAUGGCGUAUGGGGGCAUGGCCCAUGGGGGCAUGGCGUAUGGGGGCAUGGCCCAUGGGGGCAUGGCCCAUGGGGGCAUGGCCCAUGGGGGCAUGGCCUAUGGGGGCAUGGCCCAUGGGGGCAUGGCCCAUGGGGGCAUGGCCUAUGGGGGCAUGGCCCAUGGGGGCAUGGCGUAUGGGGGCAUGGCGUAUGGGGGCAUGGCGUAUGGGGGCAUGGCGUAUGGCUAUGAUGCGAAAGACGCUCAGAGGACGCUGCGUCCUGCGUCUGGACGCAGCGCGUAUGGGGGCAUGGCGUAUGGGGGCAUGGCGUAUGGGGGCAUGGCGUAUGGGGGCAUGGCCCAUGGGGGCGUGGCCCAUGGGGGCAUGGCGUAUGGGGGCAUGGCGUAUGGGGGCAUGGCGUAUGGGGGCAUGGCGUAUGGGGGCAUGGCGUAUGGGGGCAUGGCCCAUGGGGGCAUGGCCCAUGGGGGCAUGGCGUAUGGGGGCAUGGCGUAUGGGGGUAUGGCGUAUGGGGGCAUGGCGUAUGGGGGCAUGGCGUAUGGGGGCAUGGUGUGGGCAGCACUGGGUGCUGGCGCUGAGAAGUUCACUCAUGGCCAUGAGGCCAUGAGCCGAGGGUGCACACAGGCUGCGGUUGGAGGCGGGCAGGUGAAGGUGAAGGGGUGA